GAUAAGGGCUUCACGGGCUCGCCUCGCAUUCGUGCACUUCUUUGACGCUACAAAUUUUUAAUUCCUUUUCCUCGCGGCUCCACGACAGCCCUCCAGCUUCCACGUGUCCGCUUCCUCUCUCUCCGUCUUCGCUUUCAAGAACAGAAUAGAAGGACCCUCCACACUGUAAGAGAGAGAGAAAGAAAAAGAAAGAAACUGACCUACGGCUCGUCUUGGAGAGAGAGAGAGAGAGGAAGUCUGGGUUAUUUGGGCUUGAAUUUGGGGUUUUGGGGGGUUUUGAGUGAAAUAUUUGGAGAUGUACGUUGCUUCUUCCAUGAGAAAGUCGUUCAAGGACUCUCUCAAAGUGCUUGAAGCUGAUAUUCAGCACGCUAAUACUCUUGCGUCUGACUUUUCAAGGGAUUAUGACGGUGCCUGCCUUCAGAUGAGAAUGUCAUAUAGUCCAGCAGCACACCUGUUUCUCUUUCUGGUCCAAUGGACAGACUGCCACCUUGCAGGAGCCCUUGGACUGUUGAGAAUCCUAAUUUACAAGGUUUAUGUGGAUGGCACAACCACCAUGUCUACCCAUGAAAGAAAAGCAAGUAUAAGAGAGUUCUAUGCGGUUAUUUAUCCCUCUUUACUUCAACUUGAAAGAGGUGUUACUGAUACGGAAGAUAAAAAGCAGAAGGCGGUAUGCAUGGAGAGGUACCGAAGAAGAGAUGACGAUGAACAUAGACAUUGUUUGGAUGUGGACAACGAAAGAGAGGAAGAAUGUGGAAUAUGCAUGGAAAUGAAUAGUAAGAUUGUAUUGCCCAACUGCAACCAUGCCAUGUGCUUGAAAUGUUACCGCGAUUGGCGAACAAGGUCGCAGUCGUGCCCCUUUUGUCGCGACAGUCUUAAGAGAGUGAACUCAAGUGACCUCUGGGUAUUCACCGACAGCAGGGACAUAGUUGACAUGGCUACAGUGACGAGGGAGAAUCUUAGAAGGCUGUUCAUGUAUAUAGAUAAGUUGCCGGUGAUUGUUCCAGAUACCCUUUUUGACACUUACGAUUCUCACAUAAGGUGAUUAGUACAGUCUAAACUCUAGCCGAUGCCCACUGCCUAUUGUGGUCUCUCUACAUGAGCACUUGCUCUUUCCUCUUGGUUACAUAAAAGGCCAGAAUUUAUCGGCGAUUUAGAUCAUUUAAGAAUUGCAGCGCUUUCUUCCCGCUUCUGAGCAGAAGAACCCCAGCCUGAAUUAUUAUGCGCUGGUGGGGUGAAGUUGAGGUAGUCAAUUUGAAGGGUUCAUAAAUUGUAUCUAGCACAUUUGUACAUGCUUGUACAGCUUGCAUGGUUGCUUGAAAGAAGCUUUUCAAAAUGGUCUUUUCCUUUG